GGCGGGUUGCUCACAGAGGGAGGCUGGGUUUGGGGGUACCUGUGCAGCUGCUGAGCCCCUCACUUCUCUCCAGGUCUACAGACUCCGCCCCCCAGAACCGUCGCCCGAUGCCCACCCAGGGGAUGUGUGCGCACCUGUAUGUGCCAGUGAAACGGGUUCUGCUGGAACUGGGAUUUGGCUCCGGGACUCCUGGAGAGAUGUCUGCGUACAAGAGGGCCACGCUGGACGAGGAGGACCUGGUGGAUUCCCUCGGGGAAGGAGAGGUCUAUCCCAACGGGCUCCAGGUGAACCUGCGAGGAGUGCGGCCCCGGAGCGGCUGUUGGGCCGAGAGGACACACGUAGAGAAGAGACUGCUGGUUCUGGUGGUGCUGCUGUCGCUUGGGCUGUUUAUGUGUCUGCUGGCGCUGUCACUGCAGUACCGGAACAGUCACCGCGUCUGUCUGUCCGAGUCGUGCAUCUCCGUCACCAGCUCCAUUCUUCGCUCCCUCGACCGGUCGGCGGAUCCGUGCCAGGACUUCUACCAGUACUCGUGUGGGGGCUGGAUCAAAGGCAACCCAGUUCCAGAUGGGCACUCGCGCUGGGGCACCUUCAACGAGCUGUGGGAGCACAACCAGGCGACCAUGAAGCAUCUGCUGGAGAACUCCACCAUAGAGACAAACAGCACGGCAGAACGCAAGGCCCAGCGCUACUUCCAGGCCUGUAUGAAUGAGACCAAGAUCGAGGAGCUCGGGGCCAAACCCCUGCAGGAUCUGAUCCAGAAGCUCGGGGGCUGGGCCAUCACCGGCCCGUGGGACAGAGACAACUUCCAGGAGACUCUGCAGUUGGUGACUGCCCAUUACCGGACCUCCCCCUUCUUCUCUGUCUUCGUCAGCGCCGACUCCAAGAACUCCAAUAGCAAUGUUAUCCAGAUAGACCAGUCGGGCCUGGGGUUGCCCUCUCGGGAAUUUUACCUCAACAAGACUGAGAAUGAGAAGGUGCUCACAGGGUAUUUAAACUUCAUGAUCCAACUGGGGGUGCUGCUGGGGGGUGCGGAGAACUCCACCCGGGAGCAGAUGCAGGAGAUCCUGGACUUUGAGACCACCCUGGCCAACAUCACCAUCCCCCAGGAGAAGCGGCGGGACGAGGAGCAGAUUUACCACAAGAUGGCGGCGGGGGAGCUCAAGGACCUGGUGCCGGCUGUUGAUUGGAUGCCGUUCCUGCAGACCGUGUUUUACCCCGUGGCGAUUAAUGAGUCGGAACCGGUGGUGGUUUAUGCCAAGGAAUAUCUGGUCGCGGUCUCCGGCCUCAUCAACUCCACCGACAAGAGGAUCCUGAAUAACUACAUGAUGUGGAACCUGGUGCGCAAGGCCAGCUCCUUCCUGGAUCAGCGCUUCCAGGACGCCGAGGAGAAGUUAAUGGAGGUCAUGUACGGCACCAAGAAGACCUGCCUCCCGCGCUGGAAGUUCUGUAUCAGCGACACGGAUAAUAACCUCGGCUUCGCUCUGGGCGCCAUGUUUGUAAAGGCCACGUUCGCCGAGAACAGUAAAUUGCAGGCGCUAAAAAUGAUAAAGGAGAUAAAGGCGGCAUUCGAGGAGAAUCUGAGCACCCUGACCUGGAUGGACGAUGAGACCCGCAGGGCUGCCAGGGAGAAGGCCGAAGCCAUUUAUGACAUGAUUGGGUACCCCAACUUCAUUAUGGACCCCAAGGAACUGGAUAAAGUCUUCAAUGAUUACAAUGUGACGUCAGAUUUUUACUUCGAGAAUGGAAUGAGAUUUUAUAACUUCUCGGCGCGAGUGACUGCGGAUCAACUGCGCAAAGCGCCCAGCAAGGACCAAUGGAGUAUGACGCCCCCUACAGUCAACGCUUAUUACUCCCCCACCAAGAACGAGAUUGUGUUUCCCGCGGGAAUCCUGCAGGCCCCCUUCUACACCAGCAGCUCUCCCACGGCUCUGAACUUCGGGGGAAUCGGGGUAGUGAUGGGGCACGAGCUGACGCACGCCUUCGAUGACCAAGGGCGGGAGUACGACAAGGAUGGGAACCUGCGGCCCUGGUGGAAGAACGCGUCGGUUGAGGCCUUUAAGAAGCAGACGGAGUGCAUCACGGAGCAGUAUGGCAACUACACUGUGAAUGGGGAGCCGGUGAAUGGGCGGCAGACCCUGGGGGAGAACAUCGCCGAUAACGGGGGCCUGAAGGCGGCCUAUCGGGCCUAUAAGAACUGGGUGCGGAAGAACGGGGCGGAGCAGCUCUUACCCUCCCUCGGGCUCUCCAACGACCAACUCUUCUUUGUGGGGUUUGCGCAAGUUUGGUGCUCUGUUCGCACCUCGGAAAGCUCGCACGAGGGGCUCAUCACCGACCCGCACAGCCCCUCCCGCUUCCGCGUGAUUGGCUCCGUCUCCAACUCCCAGGAAUUCGCCGAGCAUUUCCGGUGCCCCCCGGGGUCUCCCAUGAACCCCAGGAACAAGUGUGAAGUGUGGUGACCGGCGGUGACUAACGGCGCGUAUGGGUGUAACCACUGGGACGUUUGGGGGAGCCCCCACCCCUUUCCUUACGCACAUUUGACUCUCUGAUGCACUAAACUUUCUAUGCACUUUCAGUCUGGGCGCCCGCGGGUGCUGCCGCCCUGGGGGGAGCCAUAUUGGGUGCUCCUGUAGCGCGGCACUAGGGGGCGCUCCUUCACACUUCUAUUCACGUUUCACUGCCAGACUGGGAAGUGUUUCUCUUCUCCGUCCAAUCAGAUUGUGCGUCUGUGUGCUGGUCUGUACAUAUUGCCUGUGUAUAUAGACGUGAUUUUGUACAUAUUUAUAGCGCCCCCUGCCUCUCAUUUAUAUGACGGGGAUUUUUCUGCUGCUUUUUCUAAGAUGAAGUUUGCCUUUAGCUGUGGGCGGGGCCUGGGUGGGGCCUGCCCCGCCCCAGGAGGAGUUAAUGUGCCUAUCAUAUUCCUGCACUCUAUUUAUAAUCACUAUGGAAACCGUGCUGGUACCAGAAUGAACAACUUCACCAUUGCGACUUUGGUACCAAUGGGGCAAAUAAAGUGCUGGAGGGGCUGAUUCUGCCCCAAACACUCAGGGCUUAUCUGGGAGACCCCCCCUUACCCCAUUUUAUAUGAUUUGGUUUAUACCUGUGGGCAGAGGCGCUAAGGGGGCAGAUUGCCAACCAGGUCCCAAUAAACUGACUGCCUUGCUA